UUUUUGGGUAGUCACGCUGGCGAGCGCGUCUUGUCCGCGUCCAAAAAGUUUCGCGUUCAACACCUCCUCGCCCUCGCGUUCGCGCCUCCUCCUUACACUCGCUUUCGGGGUCCUACGCGGGAGCUUGCAUAGAAGGAAUGUUACCCCUUGGUCUUCGGCUCGGUGCGACCAGCUCUCGCGGUGCAGCACGUCUCGUGCCAGCGUGCAAGCACGGUCGUUGGGUGCGGUCAAGAAAGUACCACGAGCGGAAAGCACUGCCAUAUCCAAUCGAGAAUGGCCUUGGGAAAUUCUUGUCACCGGCAUCCCUGAAGGUCAUCGCAUCGGACUAUCAGAAUGGGCUGUUGGACAGGCUUAACGACCAGGUCCGAGGUACCGUAUUGGAGAACAAGAGUGUCGUCCAGACUGCCAUCGAGGCAGCCCGCGACCCUCACAAAGUGCUGGAGUUCGACUACGCCUGCGAAGCCCUCAACAACUCGUUCUUCCUCGAGAGCUUGAAACCCCCAGCAGAUGGUGCACUGUCGAACGAGGACGCCCUGGGCAGCCAGAACACCGUCUUCUCCGCGAUCAAGGACCAGUACGGCAGCAUGGAGCAGUUCCAGUCGAAUUUCAGCGCAGCGAUCCUCGGCAUGUUCUCCUCCGGGUGGUUGUACUGCGUCGUGGACAACGUCGGCGAGAUCGCCUUCUACCCCAUCUUCGGCGCAGGCACGCUCCUCAUCCGGUCGGGCGAAUACCAGCUACGACGUGAAAAGAUCGUCGGCGAGAUCAUUGCUCGGGGCCUCAGACUUGGCCAAACUUCCCCAGCACCAGCGACUGGUGCUGAGACGGCCGAGUCCCCCAUCGCGUCAUCACCAGUGUCCGGUGUCUCGCAGAACCCCUUGUCGACCCCACCGCCCCCGCCGCACUCGAGGACAUUCAGCACGUCUGGAUUGGCGAGGUCAUCCUUCAGCCAUGGCUCUAUCAGCACCGACGACGUGUACGCCGCCGAUAACAACCUGCCGCCACGAGGGCCCACGGACACAGCGUCGAGGAUCAGAAAGGUUGGCGAGACGCUCUACCCGCUGUUUUGCGUGUCUGUGCACGAGCACGCGUGGCUGCCCGAGUACGGCGUGUGGGGGAAGGAGGAGUACAUGAAGCGCUUCUGGACGGUGCUCGAUUGGGCGAAGGUCGUCGAGAGAUACAAGAUGUUCACGGUGAACUCAAAGUACUAGAGAGCGUGUGUGGUCGUCUUAUGUGUUCGGAUUUACACUGUAUGCCGGCACGGGGCGGGGACGGCUCCAGUGGCUACACAUUCCAUAGAUACUAAAAGUACACCUAAUGCACCCCUACUCCCAUGGGCUCAUCUGACGUGAUUACUCUGGAUGUUAGCCUGUAUGGG